UUCUAUGUAUACUAAGCCUCCAAAUCUGUCAUAAGGUUCUCAUUGUUUUACUCUCUUCCAUUUCAUGUCUCUGUUCUCUUUUCCACAACUGACCCCCACAAGUUUCCCAUAUCCAUGGCUGACUCCUCCUUUGAGACAGACUUCUCUCUCUCUGGCCACUCCGGCAACUAUCGCCGACGCCACCACCCUACACCCGUUAGAUCCAACCAUGCAUCUAGUUCAUUCACAUGGUUCAGCCCUCUCGACAUGUCUCAAAAUUACUAUCCAAGAAGACUCAGACACCACCCUUCUCCUGCCAGCCCUUUUUCCACAGACAAUGACUUGUCAUGGCAAGGUGAGCUUUCAUGGCAGUUUGAGCCUUCUGGGUGGCAAGAUAACCGCAAUCUAGGUGCAGUAUUGAGCCCUUGGAUUGCCACCCCUUCUUCAGAUAGACACCAGUCGUUCCAGAGGUCAGCCAAUGACUAUUAUCUUUCGCAUACUUAUGGUGGUUUCCAGAGCUUUACUAAUCCAUAUUAUGAGUAUUCUGGCUAUGGUUCAGUGCCAUCCAGGAGGCUUGAGCUCCAGAGCUAUGUUGAUGGGGAUCAUGGAAGUUCAUUUUUUGGAAGGCACUACACUUCUGGUGAGUAUAGCAGGUCUCAUGGAUUUCCUAACUUGGGAGCCAUCAAGGAGGGGAGUCCUGGACAUCAUGGUCCUUUGGCAGACAAGGAUGAGCUUAGUUUGAUCAAACACACCUCCCCUGAGGAGUCUGAACUCCAAAUAAGCCUGUUUGAGACUGAUCUGGGUCAUCACCAGCAUGAGGAUCCGCGCUGGUUUUCUGUAUCCCACGCUUACAUGGAUGUUGAGGAUAACAGCGUCAAUGUCAGUCAUCAUCAUCAUGAUGGUGGGCAUCGUCAUAUAAAGCAGGAGGUGGACAAUCUUGACAAUGGACUGCAUAGUUUUAGUCCUAGUUUUGAGAAACAUGGCCAUCACGGCCAUGGCUAUCAUGACCAUGGCCAUGACCAUGGAGUUUGGAAAUCAACCAGUCAUCAUUAUGAUACUGAUGAGGGGUACAAUGACAACGACCGGGAUUCUGCAUACGAUGAAGAUGAAGACGACGAGGAUGAUGGAAUGGCACCAAGGUCAGUGGGGCUGUUCAGCUUAUUCAGGUAUUCAACAAAGUCGGAUAUACUUCUUGUCAUCUUGGGCUGUUUGGGAGCCCUGAUUAAUGGAGGAUCUCUUCCUUGGUAUUCUUUCCUCUUUGGUAAUUUUGUGAAUAAGAUUGCCAAAGAACCAGACUCAAACGACAAAACUGAGAUGAUGAAAGAUGUUCAACAGAUAUGUCUGCUUAUGGCUGGACUAGCAGCAAUAGUGGUGGUUGGAGCAUACAUGGAGAUCACUUGCUGGAGAAUUGUGGGGGAGCGUUCAUCUCAAAGGAUAAGAACAAAGUAUCUAAGAGCGGUUUUGCGCCAGGAUAUUGGCUUUUUUGACACACAGAUCAGCGCAGGCAAUAUUAUGCAUGGAAUUUCAAGUGAUGUUGCACAAAUCCAAGAAGUGAUGGGGGAGAAGAUGGCUCACUUCAUCCACCAUGUAUUUACCUUCAUCUGCGGUUAUGCGGUUGGGUUCUGGAGGUCAUGGAAGGUAUCUCUAGUAGUCCUCUCAGUCAUCCCAUUGAUGAUGUUCUGUGGUAUUGCUUAUAAGGCCAUUUAUGUCGGUUUAACUGCAAAAGAAGAGGUUUCUUAUAGGAGAGCUGGCAGUGUAGCUGAGCAGGCCAUCAGUUCAAUUAGAACUGUGUUUUCUUUUGUUGCUGAGGAUCAUCUGGCUGAAAGAUAUGCAGAAUUGUUGCAGAAAUCAGUGCCCUUUGGGGUGAAGCUCGGGUUUGCAAAAGGUGCAGGCAUGGGAGUAAUCUACCUAGUUACUUAUUCAACAUGGGCAUUGGCUUUCUGGUAUGGAUCCAUCUUGGUCGCUAGAGGAGAAAUUUCAGGAGGUGCAGCCAUUGCCUGUUUCUUUGGAGUCAAUUUAGGUGGCAGAGGCCUGGCAUUGUCAUUGUCAUAUUUUGCUCAAUUCGCCCAAGGAACCGUAGCAGCAAGCAGGGUGUUUGAAAUUAUUGAUAGAGUCCCUGAGAUAGAUCCCUACAGCCCAGAAGGAAGGAAGCUCCCAAGUAUCAGGGGAAGGAUAGAGUUCAAAGGUGUUACUUUUGCAUACCCGUCUCGUCCCACAGCUGCAAUUCUCCGGUCUCUCAAUCUAGAGGUUCCAUCUUCAAAGACCCUUGCUUUGGUUGGUUCCAGUGGAGGUGGCAAGUCCACCAUUUUUGCCCUUAUAGAGAGGUUCUAUGACCCUGUAAAGGGAAUCAUCACCUUGGAUGGUCAUGAUAUAAGGACCCUGCAAGUGAAGUGGCUUAGAGGUCAGAUAGGCAUGGUAGGCCAAGAGCCAGUCCUCUUCACCACCAGCAUUCUCGAAAAUGUGAUGAUGGGGAAGGAGAAUGCCACCAAGAAAGAGGCCAUUGCUGCUUGUGUUGCUGCCAAUGCUCACAGCUUCAUCUCUGGCCUUCCUCAAGGCUAUGAUACUCAGGUUGGAGACAGGGGAACCCAACUCUCAGGAGGCCAGAAACAGCGCAUUGCAUUGGCUCGAGCCCUGAUCAAAGAUCCCAGGAUCCUCCUCCUAGAUGAGCCCACCAGUGCUCUAGACCCUGAGUCUGAGUCAGUAGUCCAACAAGCCAUUGACAAGAUCUCUGCUGGCCGGACAACCCUUGUCAUUGCUCACAGACUAGCAACUGUAAGAAAUGCGCACACCAUUGUUGUUCUUAAUCACGGUGCAGUUGUUGAAACUGGUAACCAUCAUAAGCUCAUGGAAAAAUCCGGGGCCUAUUACAAUCUUGUCAAGCUUGCUUCUGAAGCUGUAUCCAAGCCUUUGUCAAAACAAGAUGGUAGUAUUAUUAAGGCCACUAAGUUUCCCUCUUAUGAGAGGUCAGUUUAUGAAGUGUCAAAAUCAAAGUACAUGAAUGAAGCCUCAAGAUCAAAGUACUUAACAUCUAUGCAAGAACAAUACAAAGAAGAGGAGGAAGAAAAGCCAGAGCCAAAGCCUGGGAAAGUUCUAGUUUCAGAGAUAUUUAAGUUGCAAAGGCCAGAGCUUCUGAUGCUUUUACUGGGGUUUCUCUUGGGCAUGCAUGCUGGUGCAAUUCUCUCCAUUUUUCCCUUUAUUUUAGGCCUAGCCCUUCAAAUAUACUUUGGCGAUGACACAUCCAAAAUGAAAAGAGAAGUGGGUGUGCUCUCUUUAGUAAUUGUUGGGCUUGGGUUUGGGUGUGUAAUAACCUUGGUAGGCCAGCAAGGUUUCUGUGGCUGGGCAGGCACAAAGCUUACCAAGAGGGUGAGAGACCGCUUAUUCAGAUCCAUACUAAAACAAGAACCGGGUUGGUUCGAUUUCGACGAUAAUUCGACUGGAGUCCUUGUCUCUAGGCUCUCCAUUGAUUGUGUCACUUUUCGAUCAGUUCUUGGUGACCGCUUCUCAGUCCUACUAACGGGGUUGAGCUCAGCUGCUGUUGGUCUUGGGAUAUCAUUCUUUCUUGAUUGGAGGCUAACUCUCUUGGCUGCAGCUCUCACUCCACUCACCCUUGGGGCAAGCUACUUCAGCUUGAUUAUCAACGUCGGACCAAGAUUAGAUAACAGUUCUUAUGCCAGAGCUAGCAACAUUGCUGCUGGGGCAGUCUCAAACAUAAGAACAGUGACAACAUUCUCAGCGCAACAACAGCUAGUCCACACCUUCGAUCAAGCCUUAUCAGAGCCAAAGAAGAAAUCAGUGAAAAGGUCACAAGUCCUAGGCCUAGCUCUUGGAUUUUCCCAAGGGGCCAUGUAUGGAGCUUACACUCUAACCCUUUGGUUUGGUACUUAUCUUGUUAAAGAAGACAAAACAAACUUUGGUGAUGUGUUCAAGAUCUUCCUCAUUCUUGUGAUGAGCUCAUUCUCAGUUGGGCAAUUAGCUGGUCUGGCACCUGACACUUCCAUGGCUGCGACUGCAGUUCCUGCUGUUUUCAGCAUCAUCAACCGCAGGCCGAUGAUCAGCAGUGAUGGAGAGAAAGGUAGGAAGGCUGAAAGAUCAAAACCAGUGGACGUAGAGCUGAAAAUGGUGACUUUUGCAUACCCUUCUAGGCCAGAGGUGACUGUGUUGAGGGAAUUUUGUCUGAAGGUGAAAGGUGGCAGCAUGGUGGCAUUGGUAGGGGGAAGUGGGAGUGGGAAAUCAACAGUGGUAUGGCUGAUACAGAGGUUUUAUGAUCCAAACCAAGGGAAGGUACUGAUGGGAGGAGUUGAUAUUAAGGAGAUGAAUGUGAAGUGGCUGAGGAGGCAGAUAGCUUUGGUGGGUCAAGAGCCUGCAUUGUUUGCUGGGAGUAUUAGAGAGAAUAUUGCUUUUGGAAACCCUAAUGCUUCAUGGGCUGAGAUUGAAGAAGCUGCUAAUGAAGCUUACAUUCACAAGUUCAUCAGUAGCCUCCCUCAAGGUUAUGAAACACAGGUUGGUGAGAGUGGGGCCCAGCUAUCUGGUGGCCAAAAACAAAGAAUAGCAAUAGCAAGGGCCAUAUUGAAGAAAUCCAAGGUGCUACUCCUAGAUGAAGCAAGCAGUGCGUUGGACCUUGAGUCAGAGAAGCAUGUCCAAGAUGCCUUGAGGAAGGUGUCCGAAAGGGCCACAACCAUAGUAGUUGCCCACAGGCUUUCUACCAUCAGAGAAGCCCAUAUGAUUGCAGUAGUUAAAGAUGGUGCAGUCGCUGAGUAUGGCAGCCAUGACACCCUCUUGGCUUCCCAUCUCAAUGGUGUCUAUGCUAGCUUGGUUAGGGCUGAGACUGAAGCCAGUGCUUUUUCUUGAUAGCAAUCAACCCAUUUAAACAUCGCCAAAAUUGACUCAUUAGCUUUAUUACAGAGAAAUCGAACUUCAUCUUAAUAUA